AUGUCAUUUGUAGCAGUGCUGAGAAUUUAUAAUGGUCACCACUUUCAAACCAACCUCAACUCCUGGCAGAUCUACAAUUUUCUUGCAAUAUUUCACAUAAGUGUCAAGUUCCUGCAGAGCUCGGACAGUCUGGUGUCAGCGGACUCUGAACUGGCGCAGUGUGAGACGGAGGUCAACACUUUACUGAAGAUCAUUUCUGACCUCAACAGGAAGAUGGACUCCCUACAAAUACCACGAGAGAUGGAAACGUCGAAGAGUCCAGUCCGGGUCAGUGGGAGCGUCCCGCAGCAGGGCUCGAGCCUCACGGCGGUGAACGCUGGCACAGCAUCUGUGGAGUCCAAGACCAAGAACAUCUGCAGGGACUCAGAAGGGGGCAGCAGUGGGCUUUGGAAGGAGCUGCAGACGGCUCUCUCUGCUCUUGAGGCCUCUAGCGGUCAGGGGAGGAACAUGCUCAGGCUGCACACUCAGAAUGCUGAGACAAUCCGGGCAAAGCAUCUCUCUGCAGCCCAGGAGAACUGGGUUCAGGCCACACAGGUGCUGGAGGAGAUGGAGACGGAUUUGGGGAUCUCAUACCCCUCUGCUCUGCCCCCUGAUGAGAGACGUCAGUAUCAGCGGGAUGUUCUCUCGCUGUACAAACACAACCAAGACCUCAACACCUCCUUGAAGAGCCGACAGGCUGAGCUUGUGGGUGCUGAAAGAAUGCUGAUGGAUCUUGAGGAUGAGAAAAAGUGGCUACAGGAAAAGGUAGUGGACCUGAAGAGGAAAUGGCUGUAUGGAGUGAGUCGUUCUCCUCCUGUCAGUCCAUCAUUGUCCUCCAGUCGAACUUCGAGCCCUUGCUUUUCCUCUCCUCCAUAUCCUGGAUCCCCUCUGCUGUCCCACAAACUGCCCGGCUUCAGGCCGGACUCCCCUCCGUCUCCCUGCACUGUUGAUUCUGUGCUUCAGGCUGAGAUGGAUAAGCUGCAGAGGUGUCUGGAGCGACUGAAAGCUCGGAAUGAGCGUCUGAAUGCCGCACUGGUCAAAAGGAAAGGAGAAUCGGAGCAGCUGAGCAUGAGUCUUAGCCGACAGGAGGCAGACAGCUCGGCUCUACACAUGGCUCUGGCAUACUGUGAGGAGUGUGAGGAGGCUUACAGAGACUUGCUGUCCCUGUGCGGAGCCACAAAACAACAGAAUGCAGAAACAAAUAGCACACCCCAGUCUGACCUCGCAAAGUCAACAGACGAGAACUUGGACACAGGCGAGGCAUCCUCCAGUCCACCAGAGGGCACUGCUGAGACCAGACCGAACAGCUUGUCGGAACAGGAGUUUGAGGACAAGGCCGGUGUAAUUCUGCAAAGGAUCUCCAGGCUGAAGCAGGACAGGGCCGCUGUUUGUAUCCCGCAGCAGGGCGCAGCAGGAGAGGGCAAGAUCAGUCCCGACACUGGCACGCUCGCAGGGGUCAGAGGUCGUGCUAGUUCACUUUCCAAAAACACCAAAGAGGAGAAAGCAGCUCUACUGUAUGAGCUGCUGACUGUCAGGGAGGAGAUGUCAGAGAUGCGUGGGAAUCUCCGGCUCCUGGAGAAAGAGAGGCGGUGUUUGGACCUGGCGCUGAUGGUCCAGAGUGCCCAGGAUUCUGCUGGUGCUCUCAUCCUGGACAGUCUGCGAGAUGAGCUGGGGGAGAGGAGAGCCACCCAGCAGAGAAUUGCUGAAAAUCUGGCAAAACUAGAAGGUGGAGGGGGAAUUCCUGGUCCUCGGAAUCACUCUAUCCUAAGAGAACUACAAGCAACACUGCAAAGGGAACAGUCACUGAGGAAGAGAGUGGCAGCUUUACGUGAGUCGCUGGACUCGGCGUUCGCAGACAGCACCACUCAGAGGAGGAUCAACAGAGAGGAGAUUGCACGCAUCUCCCGCUACUACAAUAAAGUUUCAAGCACCUACAGAAGUUCUCGAAAGAAGCAUCAGGAGCAGCUGUGGCGACUGGAGAAGCAAAUCGCUGUCGUGAGCGAACGUCAUGCUAAAGAAGAGGCCGAGCUAAGUGCUACACUGGAAGCUAUGGAGUGGAGGAGAGAGGAGACCAUACUCUAAAAGACUCUACAGCAUAGUCCUUCUUAGUGUCAUUUCAUCGACAAACAUUUCUGAAAGCUAAUGCUGAAUGAUGAUUUUGAGUGAGAGGUUAGAUAAGUACUGGUUUAGAAACACUGAGCAUAUAAAAUUGCAACUAAAUUUACUGUAAAAGAUGCACCAUUUGGCAAUUUAAAGGUAAUUGGUCUGCAGGCUAUACUGACACCUGUUGCUGUGGAUGCAACAUCACAAGAGCUUAUCUAUCUAUCUAUCUAUCUAUCU